AUGCCGAACGCUGCCGCAGCUGUUUCUGCUCUGCAGACUCCACCAUCAACUCGGUUGUCGGGCUCCCAGGACAAGGACAGGGUUAGAGACAGAGACCACAGUGCAGACGAAUCCUGGUCUGCGGCUGAGAGCGAUAUCGAUCGCUUCCCUGCGAAUGGAUCAACGGUGCCGAACGCAUUGAAACGGAAACGUCCUCUCACCGUGUCGUGUGAGUUGUGCAAGCAGAGGAAAGUCAAAUGUGAUCGAGCACAGCCUAGCUGUGGAUGGUGCGCUCGAAAUGGUCAGUUAUGCGAGUACAAGGAGCGAAAGAAACCAGGUCUCCGGGCAGGGUAUGGUAAGGAAUUAGAGCAACGCCUUGACAGGCUGGAGGAGGUCAUCCAAACACAGGCUCGUCUCAUUGAAACACAUAUUAUACAGAGUCGGCCGCAUUUCAGUCCCGAACACCAUCACCCUGCGCCAAUUUCUUACAGCUCUCCAUUAGAGCCUUCUGCUAUGCACGGGCCUAACCCCCGAAAUGCAUUGUACUUUCAAGAACCGUUGUCUGUGCAGCUGCCUCCACGUCAAUCGGAAGCACCCAUCGCUAGUUCUUCCGGUAUAUCAGUCAAGAAUACCAUGCAAACCCAUCUCCCCGGUGGUAUUCAUCCAGCCGCCUCUGUACCCCAGGCUUCGAAUGCCGCGUCUCAAAAUGACUAUACGGGGAAUGAAUCCUCAUUAAAGGUGCCCGUUAAUCUAUAUUCGAGUCAGGAACAGUCGCUUGCGGAUCUGGAACUGGAUCUACCGCCGUAUGACCUGCUAUAUGCGCUGGUGGAUCUGUACUUUGAGCACAUCAAUACGUGGUGUCCCAUACUUCAUCGUCGGACUACACUGGAUAUCUUCUUCGGCCCUUCGCCGCUCGAUGAAGCUGAUCGGAUUGUCCUUUAUGCAAUUGUGGCGAUCACCCUCCGCUACUCAAACGAUAGCCGACUUACCGAGCCGAACCGUAGUAGGUAUCAUGACUCGUCGAAGCGAAAGGUCCUCCUUUACGGCUUGGAGAACUCAUCUGUGAAGGCGCUUCAGGCUCUGGUGAUAUUGGCUUUGGAUCUAGUUGGAUCUUCUAAUGGGCCUCCUGGAUGGAAACUACUUGCUCUGAUCACGCGGUCAGUCGUCCAGCUCGGUUUGGCCGCCGAGUCCAAAUCCUCUCUCAUCGCUCCGGUUUACCCAUCUAUCUACACCCUAAGGGCAGUAAUCCUCCCGGAAUCGGACUCUUGGAUUGAAGACGAGGGUAGACGUAGACUCUUCUGGAUGGUAUAUCUGCUGGACCGAUAUUCCACCAUUGCAACCGCUUUUGAUUUUGCCUUGAAUGAUAAGGAUAUAGACCGCAAACUUCCCUGUAAAGAAGAGUUCUUUACCAAAAACCAGCCCGUGGAUACCAGAUGGUUUCGCCAUUCAAAUGACCGAUCGGAUUACCUGAGUCAUGCUGAUACCGUUGGGUCCUUUGGCCUCUAUAUGGAGAUUCUUGGAAUUCUGUCCCGCAUCCAUGUCUUUCUGAAGCGACCCGUGGAUAUCGGGUCGCUAUCUGAUGUCGAAGAAUGGCAGGCCACAUAUCGCAGAUUGGACAGUGAAUUAACUUCCUGGGAGUUCAGCCUUCCUGCAGAAUAUGCGUACGAAAACUCCUCCCGAUUAUUCAACGGAUUGAAGCACAGCAAAAACGCACCCUGUGACUGGGUUCAACUCCAUGUCACAUAUCAAACUAACAUGCUCGACAAGCUUGGACCCCCAUUUGCCUUUACCCUUUGGGUUUCUGCUCGAUUAUUACUUGUUCAUGGCUCCACUAUUGCCCAUAAUGUGAGUCCGGAUAUCAUCUUUUUCGUGGACACACUUACUCGGAUGGGGAAGUACUGGAAGGUUGCGGAGCGUUAUAGUUCAAUUCUACGGCGUGUCCUCGACGAAUAUGGUGAAUACCAGCAAUCCGGUGCCGACGACAGUGAACGUGUCACGCCGUCCACUGUUAAGAUACUCGCCGAUAUGCGUCGUUGCGCUUUUGAUUUGGACUUCCUUAUCUCCCGACAGCCACGUUCGACUUCAGUUGGGAGCCGCCCAGCAGUGCAAACCCCAGCAGCGCAAACCCCAGCAACGCAGCCACGGAAUUUAGCGCCUAACGAACUUGAGUAUUUAGAUGUCUUUGGUUUCUUCAAUGUCCCACGUGUGCCUGCUGAGCGGGCCCCCGAUCUCAAUGACAUUGACGUCAAUGACACGGUUAAUGAUCCGAUGUCAAUCCAUGGCUUGACUAGGUCCAACGCCAACAACUAUGUUGUCGACGGGGCAUUGUCGAAUGCGAACGAAUUCAAUAUCACCAACUAUCUAAUUCCCACUCCUGAGACAGACUGGCUUUUUCGCCCUGGAGCAUAA